AUGAACGACACCUGCAGCCCCUCCGGUGCCCCCGUCUGGUCCCCGGCAGUCACGCACAUCCUCUACAGCUACACGGGUGCGCUGCUGGUGCUGGGCCUGCUGCUCAAUGGCCUGGCGCUCUGGGUCUUCUGCUGCCGCAUGCAGCGGUGGACGGAGACCCGCGUCUACAUGACCAACCUGGCGGUGGCCGACCUCUGCCUGGUCUGCAGCCUGCCCUUCAUGCUGUACACGCUGCAGCACCCCUCAGGGGUGGACACGCUGUUCUGCCAGCUCUCACAGGCCGUCUACCUGACCAACAGGUACCUGAGCAUCAGCCUGGUCAUGGCCAUUGCCGUGGACCGCUACGUGGCAGUGAAGCACCCACUGUGUGCUCGCAGGCUCCGCUCCCCGCAGCAGGCUGCAGCCGUGUGUGCGGUCCUCUGGGUCCUGGUGACCGUCUUCCUGGGGCUGCGCUGGUUCCUGGGGGUGCAGGAGGGCGGCUUCUGCUUCACGAGCCGCUCCCGCAACUUCAGCACGGCGGUGUUCUCGCUGCUGGGCUUCUACCUGCCGCUGGCCGUGCUGGUCUUCUGCUCUCUGCAGGUGGUGACCGCCCUGGCCCGGAGGCCGGCCUCCGGCCCGGCGCAGGCAAAGGCCACCCUCAAGGCCACCCGCAUGGUCUGGGCCAACCUGGUUGUGUUUGUGGUCUGCUUCCUGCCCCUGCACGUAGUGUUGACGGUGCAAGUCCCUGUGGGGUUGCACGUUCAUCCUGGCUGUGGCAUCCCGGCUGCUCUCCGCAGUGCCCUUUUGGUCACCAGCAAGCUCUCAGAUGCCAACUGCUGCCUGGACGCUGUCUGCUACUACUACAUGGCCAAGGAGUUCCAGGAGGCAUACGCUGUGGCUGCAGACCCCAGUGCCAAGGCCCGCAGGGGCCAGGACUCUCUGUGUGUGACCGUCGCCUAG